GUGAAUACUGAAAAAUCUUGGAAAAAAUUUAUUAAAAAAAAAUAAAAUAAAUUUAAAAAGGAAAAUUUUUCCGACUGUAGUUGGAAAAAAAAAAUUUAAAAGUUAAAUUGAAUAAUUUUAUUUUUGAACAAAAAAAAUAUUAAAGUGUAGAAAAAAGUUUUAAAUACUUUCCGCAUAAUUGCUGACAAAAACCGCAAUUAUUCUAUUAAAAAAGUUGUGCAUUUUUCGGUUUUUAAUACAACUGAAAAAAAUAUCAGAAAAUAAAUAAAGUUUAAAAACUUCCUAACUUGUCACACACAAAAAAAGAUAUCCACAUAAAAAUGUCAAAAGUUGCAUCGAGUAAUGGUGGCUUGGUCAGCUACAAAAACAAGAAAGCAAUGACAAUAGAUCGGUCUUCGGCAAGUACAGCUUCGAAUGACAGCAGUUCCGAUCCGCUUGAAAGUGAUUUCAGCGAAGGCAGUGUCGAAGAUGACGAUUUAAAGGGAAAGUCAACUAGAACGUCAAAAGCGAAUGGCAAACGGACUUACACUUUGGAUGACUUUCAAAUCAUUAAAACAAUUGGAACCGGAACAUUUGGACGUGUGUGCCUCUGCCGCGACAAAACAAACGAUCAGUUUCGUGCGAUGAAAAUACUGGCAAUGUCUGACGUCAUUCGACUUAAGCAAGUGGAACACGUCAAAAACGAGAAGAGUAUUUUGCAGGAAAUUGAUCACCCGUUCGUCGUUAACAUGAAAUGGCACACCAAAGAUAGAUCUUCACUUUAUAUGCUGUUCGAAUAUGUUUGCGGCGGUGAAUUGUUCUCCUAUUUGAGGAAUGCAGGUCGUUUCAGUACUUCUCAUGCAAACUUUUAUGCAUGCGAAAUUAUCCUUGCUUUGGACUAUUUGCACUCCCUCUCCAUCGUCUACCGCGACCUGAAGCCCGAAAACUUGCUGCUCGAUCGCGAUGGUCACCUAAAAAUCACAGAUUUUGGUUUUGCGAAAAAAUUAAAGGAUCGCACAUGGACAUUGUGUGGCACACCGGAGUAUUUGGCACCGGAAAUCAUUCAGUCGAAAGGACAUAAUCGAGCUGUCGAUUGGUGGGCGUUAGGAAUCCUUAUUUAUGAAAUGCUUGUCGGAUAUCCGCCGUUUUACGAUGACAAUCCAUUCGGCAUCUACGAGAAAAUUUUAAGUGGUAAAAUUGAUUGGCCACGACAUAUUGAUCCCGUGGCGAAAGAUUUGUUGAAAAAAUUAUUGGUGCAGGAUCGUGUCAAGCGUCUCGGUAGUAUGAAGAAUGGAGCUGAAGACAUCAAACGUCACAGAUGGUUCAAGCAAGUUGACUGGGACCAAGUGUUGGCACGCAAAAUGAAACCACCAAUUAUUCCACGCGUCAUUCACGAAGGUGACACAAGCAAUUUCGACGAGUACCCCGAAACGGACUGGAAAUCUGCGCGAUUUGUCGAUCACGAUGAGUUAAUGCUCUUCAGUGAUUUCUAAAUUUAUUUAUUUUUACUAAUAAUUGAUAGUUUGUAAGAUAUAACAAUAAACAUACUGAAUAUCUACACUUUAUUUUGCUUUUCUAGUCUCACACUUUGUAGAUUUUUCGUUAUUUCGCAACUUUAAGAAACUAAUUAAACUUGCCCUUCUUCAGUUUUCUGUCCUGUUUCUUCUAGUUUGUAAAUAUGUUUAAUAUAAAUAAACGAAAAAAAUGUGUUUUCAUUACAAAAUAAAUAAAUAUUUAUUAUUAUAUUAGUAAACUGUGAUAAGAUUCAAUAAAUGUAUAAUUAGAAAAUGAAAAUCUUAAUUGUUUGAACGCUCAAAAUAAAAUUGUGCUGAUCAUGAAUUUUUGUUUAAUCUCAUACAAAAUUAAUAAAAACCAAAAAUAUAUAU